AGUCACUCACCGUCCCAUAAUAAGCACGCACUCACUGUGCGACUGUUUAUUUUUCUGUUCGAAAUUAAACGUUAGAACAAGUACGCCUGCAGUUACAUUCCGUUGGCACGGAGGUGUUAGCGUUCAGUCAGCGAGCGACUUACUCUGCAGCAGUCGGAUACAUCUGACAACCAAUUUCAAAGAUGAAGGAGACGAAAAAACUGUACCCUAAUUAUGAUAUGAACAUUUGGUUCAGGACUUGCGACGAGGAGGUCAACGAACCCCUGGAAGGGAAGACAACGGGUGUAAUUCCGUCGUGGGUACGAGGCACCCUGCUGAGGAAUGGUCCUGGCUGCAAUAAAAUUGGUUCAUAUCAAUAUGAUCACGUUUUCGAUGGCUUAGCAAUCAUACAUAGGUUUUGCAUUAAGGAUGCAAAGGUGACCUACCAAUGCCGUUUCGUUCGUUCAGAGACAUAUAAAAAAAAUACUACGGCGAAACGCAUCGUGGUGUCAGAGUUCGGGACCAAGGCUGUUCCCGACCCCUGCAGGAGUAUAUUUGACCGAAUCUCUUCAAUGUUUAACUUCGCUAUGGAACAGACUGACAACACGUCCGUCUCGGUGUACCCGUUCGGAGAUCAAAUCUACGCCAUGACUGAAGUGCCUGUCUUGUAUAAAAUCGACCCGGUGACCCUCGAGACCGUGGGUAAGGAGAAACUCGCCGACUCGUUGGUCGUGUGUCACACUGCUCAUCCGCACGUCAUGCCCAACGGUGAUGUUUACAACGUGGGCUUGAGUACUGUGAAAGGGGACUUACGUCACGUGGUUGUGAAGUUUCCUUACAGCGAUAAAGGGGACAUGUUCGAGGCAGCUGAGAUUGUAGGCAGCUCGCAGCCAAGAUGGCGCUUCAAUCCUGCGUACAUGCAUUCAUUUGGUGUAACGGAGAACUACUACGUGAUAAUCGAACAGCCGUUGGUGAUAUCUGUACUGAACUUGAUGCGCCGGCGCUACAUCUUCACGGAGCCCUUCGCCUCCAUUCUGGUCAGCUACCCCGAAUACGAGACGAACAUAGUCCUCAUACAUCGAGUGACCGGCGAGGAGAAGCGUUACCCGACGGACACGAUAUAUUUCAUGCACGUCAUCAACUGCUUUGAAAAGGACGGCACGCUGAACGUCGACGUGUGCUCGUAUAAAGAUGGAAACAUACUCAACGCCAUGUACGUCGCGGCGAUAAAGGAUAUGCACAGCAACCCUGACUACGGCCAAUGGUGUCAAUGCCGCCCCAAACGGAUCGAAAUCCCCCUCGAGGCGCCGCCCCGCACUAAAGUCGAAUCCCGUUUACUUGCAGACGUUGGUGUCGAGACGCCGAUGAUUAACUAUAAAUUAUGCAAUGGAAAACCGUACAGGUAUUUUUACGGAAUCGGAUCAGACGUCGACAGCGGUGACGCCGGAUCGAUUAUUAAAAUAGACACGAAUACUGGCGAUGUAACAUAUUGGAGAGAGCCGCAGUGCUAUCCCAGCGAACCUAUUUUUAUUGCGAAUCCGGACAGCCAGGACGAAGACGACGGAGUGCUGCUCAGCGCCGUGCUGUGGAGCCGAGACGACCGCGCCAUCACGCUCUUAGUCUUAAACGCUAAAAACUUGCAAGAAAUUGCACGAACACAUUUCACGACACCGUCACAAACUACGAAAUGUUUCCAUGGAUGGUUCUUGCCGGAUUAAAUUAAAUUAAUCAACUUUGUUUAAAAUUGUAAUUAUGGACUAUUUUUAUUAUCAUUAAUUAAUAAAAUUAUUGCUUGUGAAUAUAAAUGUGUAAUAAGAGUACAAAGGUCAUGUCUAGUUAGCUACGAGUUUGUCUUCGUGGCAGACCAUCGCAGAGAGAAUUAAUAAUUUUUCACUGGUGGUAGAGCUUUGUGCAAGCUCGUCUGGGUAGGUAACACCCACUUAUUAGAUAUUCUACUGCAAAACAACAAUAUGGUUGACAUAUCUUACAAUGCCGAUGUCUAAGGGCGUUUGGUGACCACUUACUAUCAGGUGGCCUAUAUGCUCGUCCGCCUUCCUAUUCUAUAAAAAAAAAAAACGGAAUCUGAGUAGGUAAUCUUAGACUAUACUGAUAUGAUGAGAUAUUUUCAGGCUACUGCUUCCGUAAGCAAUAGCUUGGAAAUAUCUCAUUGCUGGACAAAAUGCCUUCUCUCGCUGGUCUACUGUGAGCUAAUGGAUUUACAGAAUUUCGUCCUGCGUAAUAAUUUAUGUUUCUUCACGAUGUUUUACUUCAUCACCACCAUCACAUGGAUGUGUUGAGUGUUUCGAAAUUACCUUCGCCCUCUGAGGAGAGCUCCGCCACGAGCUACUAGCUGAGCACAGCACGGGAGAGGUCGUGGAUGCGUUAUAUCAACACGAUCCCGCAGCAUCUCCGAUUCGUGCCGAGGAUGGCCGUCACAGUGGUUUUAAUGGGUAAAAAUCCUACAUAACCCGGGUUAUGCCCAGCCCCUAAGGGAGCCGGGUACCUUUUUGAAGGUUUGCCAUGCGUUAAAAAAAGGUUUAAUUUUUCAUAAUCAAUGUUAUUUGGGUUUUAAUUUUAGUUUAUUAAAAAUAAUUUGCUAAAAACAUGAUAAAUUACAUAGUAUAUUCUCAAUUUAAUUUGUCAAUAAAAUGUGCAAGUUCUUAUGUCCAUUGUCAGACACCAAUAUUGAACACAUUAACAAAAC